CUAGCUUGUUUAGUAUCUUGGAUCAAAAUGGAUAACGUUACGUGUUUUUGUAGUAGUUUCAGUUUUCCCGUUGCACUGUAAAUGCUCAGAUUAUAUCAUUGUGGUGUAUUAGUGUAACUCGCCGUUUUCGAUUUAGUGAUUUAUUUCUGAACUAAAGUGGAGCUAGCAAGGCAGAAGAUUGUAAACCUGCUCUGGACAUGGCUGAGACAACAGAGGGGAAAUCAUUUGUUUUUGAUGUCCUGUCUAAGCGCCACCAACGACAAUUAUCAAGUGUUCGACACAAGAGCACAAUUCAGUAUGCUACACGGCCUGAUUUACCAAAGCUGGCCUACAGGAAGCUGAAAGGGAAGAGUCCUGGAGUGGUUUUCUUGCCUGGUUUUGCCUCUGUCAUGGGUGGACAGAAAGCAGAAGCAUUAGAAGAGUUCUGCAAGUCUUUAGGUCACUCAUACCUCAGGUUUGACUAUUCUGGCUGUGGGUCAUCUGAAGGGGAUAUGGGUAACUACAACAUUGGUGCCUGGAAGAAAGAUGUCCUGUAUGUACUGGAUGAACUGGUAGAGGGACCACAGAUUCUGGUGGGCUCCAGCAUGGGUGGGUGGCUGAUGUUGCUAGCUGCUCUUGCACGGCCAGAGAAGACAGCUGCUUUAGUGGGCAUCUCAACUGCUGCAGAUCACUUCGUCACUGCCUUCAACUCCCUACCAAUAGAGACAAAGAAGGAGAUUGAGGAACAGGGCUUUUGGAAAUUCCCAACCAAGCACAAUGAAGAGGGUUUCUACACACUUAGCGUGGACUUUCUGAAGGAAGCGGAGAACCACUGCAUACUCCAGAGCCCCAUCCCUGUUUCCUGCCCUGUUCGUCUGAUUCAUGGGCUCAAGGACUCUGACGUUCCCUGGCACGUCUCUAUGCAGGUCGCAGAGCGAGUACUCAGCAAUGACGUAGAUGUCAUUAUACGCAAACAUGGGCAACAUCGCAUGUCAGCGAAAGAUGAUAUUAAGCUCAUGGUGUACACUAUUGAUGAUCUUAUCGAUAAAUUGACCACACUGGGGUGAGAAUGGGUGUGAGGACAGUAUGGACUAGUUGGGAUGGGGAAAGCAGUGUGUACAGCUUUCAGGUUUGGAGGUUAGGCUUUUAAAGUGAAAGAAGCCAAAUGAAUUGAAUGAGAAUCACCAAAAAUUUCUAAUUUCUUUCCAGAGACGUAUGACUGACUUCCAUGGAACACCAUACAAUGACCAGAUCCUGGCAUACGCAAAAAAAGUCAUCAUGACUUGUGUGCUUUAUUCCUUCUAUAGUGACCUGAAACCAUAUGAUAGCUUUGUAAAAGGGACAGGCCAAAAUCUAAAAGAAUAGUUCAUCCAAAAAUUUUAAUUUGCGGAGAAUUCAGGACAGCCAAAAUGUACAAGAGAUUGGUUCUUCAUCUGAACGGUUUUGGAGAAUUCACAUCACUUGCUAACUAAUGGAUCUUCUGCAGUGAAUGGGUGCUGUCAGAAUGAGUCCAAACAGCUGAUAAAAACACAAUAAUCCACAAAUAAACUACACCACUCCAGUUCAUCAAUGAACAUCUUGUGAAGCAAAAAUCUGUUAAAAUAAGUUUUUUUUUUUAUUAUUCAUAUUAUUGCUUUUUCACUGAAAAUAGUACAGAACAUUUCUUAAUAAAUAUCCAUCGCUUUUGAUAUGAAAGGAUAACAGAAUGGACUUUUUCAAUUGGACGUAUUUUGGGAUGAAAGUUGAAAUGCUUUUACGAUUGUUCUAUUUAUUUUGGCUUCACAAGAUGUUAACUGAUGGAUUGGAUUCAUUGUGAUGUGAUUAUUGUUAUUAUUGUGAUUGUGAGGGGGCUCUCAUUUUGUCGGCAACCAUUCACUGCAGAUAUAAUUUUCCUAAUCUGUUCUGAUGAGGACUGUUCUGUUCUGAUAUAGACUCAUCUAUAUAUCUUGGAUGCCCUGAGGGCAAGUAAAUAUUCACCAAAUGUCAAUAUUUUAGUGAACUAUUCAUUUAAAUUGUGAUUCGCUGCAGUAGCUUUCAAAUAUAAUGAAAUGCAUUAUGCCAAGUUUAAAUAGAUAAGCAUUCCUGAGAUUUAAGAGCCAUGACAAAGCAAAAAUUUCAGUGAUUAAUUGCUUCAGUAACACUUUACAAUAAGGUUUAAUUUGUUAACAUUAUUCAAUGCAUUAUCUAACAAUGAGUAAUAUAUAUUUUUACAGAAUUUAUUAACCUUGGUUAAUUGUAAAAUAAUAUAGAUUAAUAAAUGUAGAAGUAUUGUUUAUUAUUCAUGCCAACUAAUGAAACUUUACUGUAAAGUGUUAACAUGAGUUCAGUUCCAUCACAAACCAAAAUGCUAAAACAUUGUAACCAUAGUACUGAGAACUCCACAUCUAACUUUUUUUUUUACUCCUGUUUCCCGUUACAUCUUAAUGUGAUCAUAAUUGUAAUGCUGUGUCACGUAGGGCCUUGAAAAAAAAAUUAUAAGGAGUUCCAACGUUGAGUUGGUUAAGGUUUGGUGGUUGUUCUGAAAUGGACAGUAGCCAUUGUUUUUCAGUGUCUUUGUCUUGCAUUUUAUGAAAGCUUGUCUCGUUUAUCACUACCAGAGGGAUACACUUCUGAAGAAAGUAGUUAGAAAGCUGUAUAUGCUAAUGACAAUGCAGUUUUUAUUGUGAGCUGCUUAAUCAGAUUAUGAGCAAUCUUGGACAAAGAAAAUGUUUUAUAUUUGACCAUAGAAGGAAGGCUGUGGCUAGAAAAUGCUGUUAAUAUAAGAAGGGAUUUGGCUAAUGGUACAGAGAAUAUUUAAGCAUUUUGAAUCACUUUGUGCACAAAUGAUGAAAUAUUUACAGGUAGAAAACUUUUGUGUCAUAUACUACAAGAUACAGGUUGGAUUGGUGAACCACACAGUAUUGUUAUAUAAAGCCAUUUAUGUGGAAUGCUAAGAGGGGCUUUAUUUUACUGGUAAUUCAUUGUGUUGUUGUUUUUGUUUUCUUCCUUUGACUUCUUUGUUUCAGCACCUGUUUUUUCUUCAUGCACUGGUGCAAGGAUGCAGCCAGAACAGUAAUAGAGAAGACAGUGUCUACCUUUCAAGAAGUUUUAUUUUUAUUUUUUUUGGCCAACUGUAAUUUAUGUGCUAGUCUGACGAUGAUUCCUCUGGUUACAGACGUUGUGUGUUCUUUUUACUUUCAUUUUUGGAGCACAAAUUUUCCCAGAGUUGGAUAACCCACAAGUAUUAUCACUUUUCUCUGUCAGCAUCUUAUCUCAUUCAUUUCUAAGCCUUUCCAAUUUCUGUUAGCUCAUGUUAAACAUUUCAAAAUGUUAUAAAACGUCAAAUGUAUCACGUCGUGUUUUCAAAUAUGUAUAAAUCUGUGUCAUGUAUAAAAAUAAGUCUUUUUUUAUUAUUAAAGUAAAAGUCUGCA